AUGGCUGGGAUCUCGGAAGGCCUGCUUUCGCUGCAUGAAGGACUUAGAGACCCAAAUUUGGGCGCAGGGUCGGAACACUCAACUAAACUGAUCGGGCCGGAAAACCAUCCAAAGGUUUCGGACUUCUAUCAUGUUGAUUUGAAGCAAUUGGCUGAGAUUAAUAUGAUUGAGAAGUAUAUUUUGGGCAAGGAUAAUAUCGACUCUGUUUCGCCUUUUGAAGUUUAUAAACCAAAGGUGGAUGAGUUGGUGAUAUGGGAUUUACCAGAUCAUCAGGCACCUGUAGCCAGGGUUCCUCGAAAAGAGGAGGAAGAAGAUUUGUCUGCCGCCGAGAAAGAGAAUAACCGUCGCAUGUCCACUCAAGAGGGAGGAGAAGUAUUAUCAGAAGAGCCAGCGAAACCCGGGUCUAAUCCAGCCCCCCUUGUAAUACCGACACAAGAAGGAGACAGAUAUGCGGCAGAAGAAGGAGAGAAAGACUCACCAGAAGAGGAGACGAAAGGGGAAGCGACAGGUUCCACAAAUGAAACUCAAGAAAAACCUCCCAGCGAAGAAAACCCAGGAGCAACCCUCGAGUACGGAAGCCACGAUGAACAAAAUGCAGACCAGGCUACAUCCGAGGUUGCCAUGGACAACAAUCCCAAUUUAGAUGAUAUUGACUAUCAAGGUUUUUGUGAAGGCGAAGAAGAAAGCCUCAGGACAACCACUUAUAUGCCCUUUGGUGAAGGGGGGACAACUGCCACUGUGACGGGAUGGGGACAAGCCAUGCAAAUUACUCAAUAUCUCGGAUGCGGUCCAUCCUCAUUGUUUUGCCUCGAUGAUAAAGACAUGCCUGAACCCUAUUAUACCUCGUCUCGUGAGGAGGGGUUGGUUUCGUUUUCAGAUGAGCGCUACGCUCUUGGGGUUGACUGCACUUUUCCUGACAUGAAUUUCCGAACUCGUGCUUCUUGGCUUCAUAAUAAGUGGCCAAGAUUAGAAUUCCACGGCAAAGAUUGGAGACUGGAGCAACAAUGGGCAGUAAAGGAAGGUGUUGUGGUAGAGCAAAUCAUGUUUUAUAACGACAAGGACACAGACAUGGACUUCCUUCAUUACAACAAUUUCGAUUUUCGCAUACGGGAAUUGGAUUUUAUUGAACCGGCGUGCAAUUUCAAUAAACCUUCAAAAAGGAAUUUUCAGGGUGAAGAGGACGAGGACGAGGAGAGUGAGAAAAAUGACUGUGCCAUCAAGGGACCUGGCCCUGGAGGGUUCGGUUUUGUUCAAAUCCAGAAGUUUUCAAGCGAAGACGACAACGAGAGAUACCGAAAGUCCGAAGAAACAUCCCAUCCAGAUUCUGUUGCUGCCAUAGCAGGUUUUUUGGUAAAUGGGAAACCCUUGACAUACGCCCAAGUCACAGAAAACAAGACGCAUCAUGUCAAAGCAAAGUCAUCGCAUCAGAUGGUUGUUGGGUACAAGCUGAUAUUACUGCACUCUGAAGAUCACAACUCAAACUGGAAACGUCUUACUUUGACAGUUCAAGACAUGGAUAUCAAUGAAAUUUUAAGGAACGAGAAUGAAGAGGCAAACGCUCCUCAGUGGGAUGCAAACCUUCCGCCUAUAGUCCAUGCCAAGGCCAGCAAUGCUCAAGACGAACGGAUCGUUGAAAAAAGCAUAAAGCGCGCAGUCGAGAAUAUUCUAUCCGUUUGUAUGAUCCCAGUAGGCGAUGGCUAUUACUGGAACAUUUCAACGGAUCUAAGGGAUUGCGAUUUAGCUAUGACCUGUGGUGAUCUGUCAGGUCACCGCGUCUGUCCUUCUGCCAGCUUGUAG